GACGAAAUAAUGGCGGAAACAUGUGGCCAAGUACUUUUAGGAUCUGGGCUAACUGCCCUUUCCCAUCCUCUUAUGUACAUUAAGGUGUUAGUACAAGUGGGACAUGAACCUCUUCCGCCCACUCUUGGAAGAAAUUUGUUUGGCAGACAGGUGUAUCAGCUUCCUGGACUCUUUGCUUAUGCCAAACACAUAAUAACGAUCGAUGGGAAGUUAGGCCUGUUUAAAGGUCUUGCCCCCAGACUGUGUGCAGGGACCAUCGGCACCAUUGUCCACAGUAAAGUGCUGCAGAAAUGCCAUGAGAAGAAACUGGAGGUCAUGAACAGUGGCCAGAAAACAGAGGAGGGAUCUUUGCAGCAUGUAGUCAAUGAGACAACAAAGGAGAUGAUCGCACGCUCCUGUGCCACAAUUGUCACACAUCCAUUCCAUGUGAUCACCCUUAGAUGCAUGGUCCAGUUUAUUGGAAGAGAAACCAAGUACAGUGGUGUCUUUGAUUCCAUUAUCACUGUCUACAGAGAAGAGGGAAUCCUUGGGUUUUUUGCUGGCCUCAUCCCACGUCUUCUUGGUGAUAUCUUCUCUCUGUGGAUCUGCAACAUGCUUGCUCACUUUAUCAACUCGUAUGCAAUAGAUGACUCAAUGAGUCGUAUGAGUGAAAUGAAGAACUGCUCUCAGGCUGCCACUGGGUUUUUUGCCAGUAUGCUGACUUACCCUUUUGUCUUGGUCUCCAACCUGAUGACAGUCAAUAACUGUGGGUUGGCAGGUGGUUUACCACCUUAUGCUGAAACCUAUAAAACCUGGUUUGACUGCUGGAGGCACCUGAGCCGAGAGGGUAAUAUGAGCAGAGGAAACAGUUUAUUCUUCAGGAAGGUGCCGGUGGGAAAGAUGUAUGCCAUUGACCAGAAGCGAUUUUUCUGAAUAGGACAUGCCAACAGAAAUAUAUAUGAGAGAGAGAGAUGGUUUGGGUGGGGAAACUCCUAAUCUUUUGUAUGCACUCGUUUAUCAUGUUUUUUUGGGGGGGGUAAUCAGUGUCAGCUUCCAGUAAUGGUUUUUUUUUUUUUCUUCAUAAAUUUCACCAAAAGUUGCUUUGAUUUGGAAAAGUUAUUUUAAUAUUUGUAUCAGAAAUACCUCUUUUUACUAGAGGUUUAAUGUCAGACAGGCCUUAGCUAGGAAAUUCUGUAAUAUUUAAAUUAAUAUAUAUUAUAUUGCCCUUUAUCCCUCCCUC